UGUGUGUGUGUGUGUGUGUGUGUGCGCGUAGAUGUGGUUGACACCCUGAUGUUGGAUCCAGCUCUGCUCCUGAUUGUCGUUGGCGCUGCGAUGCUUCUCAUCACAUUCCUCGGAUGUUUCGGGGCGCUUCGUAACGCCACCUGCCUGCUGAAGACGUUUUUGGGGAUCCUGACGGGCGUCCUCUUCCUACAGAUCGCUGCUGGGGUCGUGGGAUACCUCUUCACUGACAUGGUGAUGGAGAGGACGGAGAGUCUGAUGAUGAAGGCCAUCGUCCGCUACAGGGAGGACCAGGACCUGGAGAACGCCAUCGAUUUCAUCCAGAAGAAGUUUCAGUGCUGCGGAGUUGAGCGCUAUAAGGACUGGUCCAAUAACGUCUACUUUGGGUGUUUGGACACAAACCCCAGUCUGGAGGCCUGUGGAGUUCCCUUCUCCUGCUGCAUUCGCCUACAGAACCAGACGGUGCUGAACACCAUGUGUGGUUAUGGGAUGCAGCAGCUGGAGGAGCAUACGGCCGGUCUGAACGUCUUCACCAUCGGCUGCCUGGAGAAGGUCGUCUGGUGGGCCAAAAACAACCUGCUGCUGGUGGCCGGUCUGACCGCCGGCCUGCUGCUGCUCGAGGUCUGCAUGAUCUGCUUGGCUACAGCUCAAAUCUCCAGGAUAAAGAAAGUCCGGCAGCUUAAGAACGCAAAUGCACCCAGAAGCCAGUCGGAAAGACAGGACAGCUACUGGUUUCCUGCUUUUACAGACUUCGAUGACGAAUAAUGUCUGACAGAUUUCUCUAAUAAGGGACUUGCGUUCAUUCUGGGUCAGAUAUAAAAUAAAAACAGCUGAAUGUUGAUCAAAUGGAGCAAGAAAUGCUCUGUUCACUGUGAAUUUAUAGUUUGAUGUAUUAGCAGGGUGAACACGUUCAACGUCUUGCACCACGACGCCUCAGCAAGACCCAGAGGUGUUGGCGGUUGUACUACUACCUCAUGUAAAACAGUCUUUACAUCAUAUUUCCUAUUUUUUGUCAUCAACAUUAUGUGAAAAGAUAUAUUUUUGUAUUAUAAAAGGCUGUUACUUGUAGAUUAAUUAAAAUUUAAUAACAUUUGGUUCGUAGCUAUACCUACGAAUAUUCACCCAAUCCCGACCUUCUUCUGUUAUGUAGAUUGUGAUUUUCUGUGUAUGCUGCAAUGUAAGUCUUUAGUAAAA